CGCAAACUGCGCACUUAUUUGUUGAGAAAGAUUCCAGAAAUAUUUGUGCCCCAAAAUUGGUUUGUCGUGCCGAAAAUUCCUUGCAACAACAACGGAAAAUUAGAUAUGAAUUUUCUGAAAGAUUAUAUUGAUUGUUACAAACAAAGCAAAAAAGUACCAGUCAGUGGCGCACCCAGAAAUUUUGCCCAGAAAUUCGGCCAGUUUUUAUAUGAGGUUUUAUCGGGCUGCAGCCAGUUUAGCAAUUACAACAUAGAUUCUGGGUUUCUCUCCAACGGGGGAACUUCUCUGCAAGCAUUCUACGUAAUUCAGCAGCUUGUGAAUGAAUGUGCACUUACGGAAAAUGGAGAGCAGAAUGUUGUUUUGAAAAUGAUGCUAGCGGACCUUCCUCUCAAGUUUGUCCAAUCGCAGUGUGAAAAUUUUCUCAGUUCUGAAAUAACAAAUACUGCUAGGCAUCAAAAGGAAACACCCAGUCCAGUUUAUGGCGUUGCCCUCGAGAAGUUGUGGGAAGUAGAUAUGGAACUAUGUGUGGAUGCAGGAGUAGUCACCGACUCUAGCGAACAAAUUGGUUAUAUUGGCUCUCACAGCGGACUGUUUGUUGCCGUAGAAAUAUCAACCGGGAAUAUUUUAUGGAAGCGGCAUUUUCCGGACAGAAUUAUAUCUUCAUGUGUUAUAUCGCUAGAGGACCAGUUUCUUGUCGUGGGAUGUCAAAAUGGGGUUAUUUAUGUUAUGAUGAGCAAAAGCGGAGAGGUCCAUUGGUAUUUCGAGACACAAGCUAUGAUUAAAUGUACUCCAGUUAUUGACUCUACCAAAGGCUCUCACAGCGGACUGUUUGUUGCCGUAGAAAUAUCAACCGGGAAUAUUUUAUGGAAGCGGCAUUUUCCGGACAGAAUUAUAUCUUCAUGUGUUAUAUCGCUAGAGGACCAGUUUCUUGUCGUGGGAUGUCAAAAUGGGGUUAUUUAUGUUAUGAUGAGCAAAAGCGGAGACGUUCAUUGGUAUUUCGAGACACAAGCUAUGAUUAAAUGUACUCCAGUUAUUGACUCUACCAAAGGUUCUGUCGUGUUCUGUCCGUCUUACGACUGCCGCGUGUAUGCCCUAGACUUCAAAAACAAAGUACACCUAUGGACUUGCAGACUUCCCGCGCCGAUAACAUCAACACCGUGCCUUAUAUCAUCUGCAUCGGUACAUACGGAAACUGUUUCCGAACAAGAGUUUCCGAUUAUUAUUUGUGCCGAUUUAAGUGGUCAAAUUUCAACUUUAAACGGAGACACGGGCGUCAUUUUGGGUUCGCUGCAGCUUAAAAAACCAGUGUUUGCCGAUCUCAUUGCAAUCAAACAAGGGUCAUUAGUGUUGGCAUGUGAAGUCAACGGAGUUAUAUCUCUUCUCUCAACGAACAAUCUGAACAUCAUUUGGAGCAUUUCUCUUACAAAUCGAAACUCAAAUAUUUUCUCGAAACCUCUGCACGCUAAAAGCGUGAACAAAAUAUUCGUGACUGAUUCAAUUGGCAAUGUUACGAUUCUAGAUGCUAUCAAUGGGAUGAUUUUGCAAACUAUCGACAUUGGAACUAAUUGCAAGCUGGGAAAUCCUGUUUUAAUUGAUGCGAAAAACUUAUUGACUAUGAAGGGCGCUUCUAAAGAACUCAACAAAACUGAUAGUGUGAAAAAUUGCAAUAAAACUGUUUUAAGUUCCGAGGUCAGAAACUCGAGAACUCAUUGUGCUGUAGUGUUCUGCUGUUCAAAUGGAGUUAUUUACUUAAUUGAACUAGCAGAUGAUUUGUCGCGGUUUCAUGAGAUACACGAUUUGAAAAUUGAAGUGUUUGCUCCUCUAAAUUUGUGCCGUAAUUCAACUUUGAUUAUCGGAGGACAUGAUGAUAAGCUACAUUGCUUAAAAUUAAUAUAGUUUCUCAGGACUUUUUCAUAACAACAUAAGGACUUAAAACAUUAUUUGACAAUCGUUGAAGCAGAUGUAAGUGCAUGCAGCAAAAAUUCGUG